AUGGGCUGCAGCAACGGUAAACAAAAUGGUGCGAAGGGAAACAACAAGAAACGAUCAUCUUUUACAAAAGUUCUACGUUUUCAAACACGUCGAACCGAUAAAUCAUCACGACCAUUAAGUUAUACAGGAAUUAAUCAACAUUAUCAAGAACAUGAAAUUUCUACUCGACCAUUAUCAAUGUAUGAUGAUGUUAAUUUUAAUAAUUUAGAAAUAAAAACAUCUAUUCAUAAUCAAAAUCAGACAGGAGACGAUGAUGAUAAUAAUUUACCAUCUCAUCGAACAUCAAGACGAACAUCUGAAACAAAUGAAUCCAUAACAACAAAUAAAUCAUACAGUGAAACAAAUAAUUCUGAAUAUUCGGAACAAACGUCCAAUACGAAUAUCGGAUUAUUAUUUAUCAACAAUUCAAAUAAUGAAAAUAAUUUAAUUGAUGAAAAUAAUUGGAAAUAUUAUAUUCCAUUAACAGUUGAAAAAAUUUGUAAAAUAUCAUUAUUAAAAGAUAUCAUAUAUGAAAAGAUAAAUGAUGAAUUUCUUCAUAUAUUAAAUCGUUUAAUUCGAUUUGAAAAAUCUGAUGAAAAUGAAGAUUUUUUUGAAUGGUUUUUUGAUGAACUUGAAUAUUUAAUGCAUUCCUAUGAUGAUGAUAACGAAUAUAAACAUAAAUCUUUACUUGUACGUUCAAUAGAACAAGAUCGUUAUGAUUGUAUGAAAUAUCUAUUUGAUUAUCAAUUAUUACCAAGUAAACUUGAUAUAAAUACAACUAAUGAUCAAGGUCGACAUUGUUUAUUGAUGCUUGCACAUAAAAAUGGUCCUAUAGAUGCAAUUGAAUAUCUAUUAACACGUCAUCUUUCAUGUCUAGAUACAAAUAAGUUUGAUUUAAAUAUAUUUACUUCAUUACAUCAUUCAUGUAGAAAUUUUAAUUUAUCAAUAAGUGAAUUAUUACUUUCACAUACAAAUAGAAAAUCAUUACAAACAGAAAAUUCUGAAUUACAUACACCACUUGAUUAUUGGAUUGAAUGUUUAUGUUCACUGAAAAAAUUAAAACCCACACAUAUUGAACAUCAUUCAGAUUCCUUACGUCUUGAUUAUUUACUUAAUGAUAUUGAUUAUCAUUCAAGUGUUUUAUUUUUUCAAACAAUUAUUAAUCAUGGUGGACAAUUAACAAAAAUUCCAUUACGUUAUAUACGUUCAGUUUUACCACAAUUAACAUUUGAACAAAAACUAUCCUAUGUUGAUCAUCAUGUUAAUCUAUGUUGUACUUUAUAUAAAAAUCGUUUAUCAACAUUAAUACGUGAUUAUGAUAAUUUUAAAAUUAGUAUACAAGCUGGAGAAAUUUUAACUGAAUUUAUCUAUGCAUUAGGUGCUGUACAACUUGAUGUACAAAAUCGUUUAGCAGUCCAUGCUUAUUCAAGUGCUUAUGGAACAUCUAUAGAACGUAUUUAUUGUGAAAAUAAUCUAGAAAAUUCUAAUACUCAAUCAAAAACAAAAGAACACGAAACAUUACAAUCAACAAUGCGUAUGCUUUAUUUUAAAUUCUUUCGUUUAUUUCAAUGUAUUUAUAAUAAUCCGGAUGUUAACGUUAAAAAUUUUCAAUUUGAACAUAUAUUUCGUCGUGUUUGGAUUUAUUGGAAAGAACCUGUACGAGCAUUUAUUGCACAAUGUAAAGAAAAAAAUUCAUCAUUAAAAUCAAUUUGUCGAAUAGUUUUAUUUAAACGUUUGAUUAAUUAUCCAGCUGACAUUCAGCAUUUACCAAUUAAUCCGUUUUUAAAACAAUUUGUUGCAUAUGAUAAUCCAUUUUUUGUUAUUCACAGAAAUUAUUUAUUGAAAUAA